CCACGGGGGAAAGAGAUUCGCUACAGGCUGAAGAAGCCGAGACAUCAGACAUCGAACUCGACGACUCCCACCCCAGCCCGAUUAGCUGACAGCCAAAGGAAGAAAUCGCGAUGCUCUCCCCUGCCCGCCUCGCCCUCGCCGCCGCCUUCCUCCUCGUCCUCCGGCCGCCGGCGCCGGCCUCAGCCGCCCGCCCGAUCGUCGACGACAAGCCUGCCCCCUCCGAGGCUACCGCCACCGCGAGGUGGCUCGCCGCACAGAACACGUGGGGUGUCCUCAGCACAAUAUCAAGUGAUUUGAACGGGGCUCCAUUUGGCAAUGUAGUUUCGUAUAGUGAUGGGUUACCUGGUGAGGGCCAUGGAAUCCCAUACUUCUACCUGACAACUUUGGAUCCUACUGCACGAGAUGCGCUGGCGGACGAAAGGACCUCCUUCACCCUGAGCGAAUUCCCUCUCGGGACAUGUGGGAAGAUUGAUCCUGAAAACCCUACUUGUGCAAAACUUACUCUUAAUGGAAAGUUGAAGUUGGUUGACCUUCAGUCACCUGAAGCAGAUUUGGCCAAGUCAGCACUUUUCACUAAACAUCCUGAAAUGAAGGAUUGGCCAAAGAACCAUCAUUUCAAGAUCUUCAAAUUGGAAAUUGAGAACAUAUUUUUGAUUGAUUGGUUUGGGGGUCCUAAACCCAUAUCCCCCUCCCAGUACCUUGAAUUCGGAAGGAAUCAGCACUCAGUGAUGUCCUCAUAAGCAAAUAAUGCUUCACGGAAUCACGGAUCAAUACCUCAUUUGUGCAUGCUCUUAAAGAUGAAAUUCAUACUGUUCAUAGUGUAAAGACAUCUCUGUGCACUGAAUAGACUUAGUGUUUUGGUUGUUGAUAUUGUUGCCCAUCACAUCUUCGUGAGCAAUUUAUUGGGAAAAAAGAGAACUAGUUUCUGUGUGCACUAUGCAUUCUUGAUCUGUAUCCUACAAUUUCCAAGGUUUGACUGAUCAAAUUGGCAUUGGUCACCUGACCAGGAAGAGUCUGUUCGUGGGUCAUAAUAUGUUGAUGAAAUUUACUUGAAAGUUCUUUAGAACUCUUGGGAGAUGCUGAAAAAUCUCUAUGAAACUUUUUGUCUGAAACUUGCUUGAAACUGUUAUCCUGAAAUCUGAACAUUCAUGGAAUUUGUUGCA